CUCCCCGUUUCGUUCCGUUUGCUUUCGGAAACGUUUUGCAACAGGUUCGGCGUAAUGAAUAUGCCUCAGAAGUUAAAUAUAGCGUUACUUACACAAACGUACUGUGCCGGUGGUCAUGACGGUUGGUCAUUAACACGGGGGAAUUUGAGUCAACAUGUCUAAAUAAAUAACAUUUAUUAAAGAGUUUCCAAACGUGGUUCUGCUAUAUACCCACUUCUUCUCCACUUACCUCAUAUCAAAAUAAAAGUCCAGCAGGUGCGCCAUAUGUUGACAAAAAAGGAAUAAGUUGUGCGGUACUUGUAUUUUGACAUGAGGUAAGCAGAGGACUUGGGUCUAAAACAGACCCACGUUUGGAAAGUUGUUUAAUAAUAAGUAGCUUUAGAUAUUUUGGCUCAAAUUCCCUCUGUUUUAAAGGACCAACUGUCCUACCCACCAGCUCAGUAAGUUGAAGUGGAAUUUAUGAGAUGUGAGGGUACCUACAGCUGACUGAAGUGAAGGCCAGCAUCUCAACCAUGGGGAAGCGGUAUUACUGUGACUACUGUGACCGGUCCUUUCAGGACAACAUGCACAACAGGAAAAAACACCUGUAUGGUGUUCAACACCACAGAUCUAAAAAGGCCUGGUUUGACAAUUUCAGGGAUGCAGCAGCCAUCCUGUAUGAUGAACAAACUAAGAAACCCUGCAGGAAAUUUCUUCAGACGGGCCAGUGUGUGUUUGGCAACAACUGUAGGUUCUCUCACAUGUCAGAGAGGGACAUGGAGAACCUAAGAAUGCAGAUUGAAGAUGAAAGACGGAGCAGAGAGGACCCGGAGCACAGAGCGUCCCCUGAGCGGAGCAUAGAGGAGUGGCUCACCAGAAGAGAGAAGAAGAGAGCCGCCCUAAGCAGUGGAAGUGUUCUGAAAGAGGAAGAUGAGGAGGAUGAAGAUAAUCAACCAGAGAAUGACAUACCGCCACAUUUCCUCACCAUUCUUGACCUUCCUCCCUCCCUUCUGCCCCCUCCCCCUGGAGGAUGGAAAGUCAAAGUCAGAACUGAAUGGGGUUGAAGGGGCAGUGCAGUUAAUGGCAGUUCCACACUGAGGUCAAAAUAACAACCUGAAAUUUGUUAAAAUUAUGAUAAUGCCUUUUUCGUGUAAGAGCUGUUUGUAAAAAAGAAAAAAAAAAAAAGAACUGGAAUUUCAACCUGUUCAGGUGGGGUGGAUUUUUUUGGUAACUGAUCUGAUUAUUCUGACCUAUGACCAGUCAUCUUUUAUUUGUAUACGCAUCCUACUUUGAAGGGGUAAGCAGGGUAGGCUCAGAGUCAAGACGAUCCUAUCCGCCAAUCAGGGUUGUGUAUGUUAAUAUAUUUACAUUUGUAUCAACACGCCCACACAAUCAGACUGAGCAUUUCAAUGGCAAAAGGAGCCUCAGGGAAAUACAUAUUUUCAUGAAAUAAACACACACAGUCAUUUAUUAGACAUACAGUGAUUUAAAAAUGAUUAAGACUGCAUGGGAGCUUUAGCUGGUUCAUCAUUUUUUGCUCAAAGUUUGAUGUGGUGAUGCAAGAACGGAUCAUUAAUUGCUAUUAGGGCUAAAACUUUUACUUGAUAGGAGUGAAUUUGUAACGCAUUUUAAUUGAUUUUCUCCAUCACGACUACAUUAAAAUUCAGUUGCGUGCAUGCA